AUGUUAGUCAAGUUACCGUUGGAAAUACAAAUUAAACUAUUAUUAAUGGUACCCAACUCAAAUUUAAAAUUUGUCAAUAGUCACUUUUAUUUAUUAUAUAACGAUUUAUAUUAUCAUAAAAUUGUCAAUACUUUUGGUGAAGCUACUGUCAAAGUUAUUAUAAAAAUAUUACCUUGGUUAAAACCUUAUAUCAAAUCAUUAGAUGUGUUUCGAAAACAGGCAAGAUUGGUAAUAACGAAAAGAUUACAAUUGGAAGAAUUACCCAUAAUUAUCCAUAAUUCUGAUUUUACUACCACCACCACCAUAAACCCAUUGAAUUGUCAAUAUAUCAAAGAUUCAUGGAAAUACAUUUAUUCUAUUCUCAAAAAUAAACGACUUUAUGCAGAAUAUUGUGAUUACCAAAUUGAUGAACCAUCAAAUUAUGUUUUCAAUCAUUAUGUUGAAAUCAAUCGAACUUAUUUGUUAAGUUAUAAGAAAGUUUGUUGGCUUACCCCUGGUGAUUAUAAUUUGAAUAUUGCUUUGGCAAUUAAAAAUGGUCAAGGAUUAGGAACAACAAAAUUCGAAGUUAGAUAUCAAGAAUUGAAUGAACUUGGUGAAACUCUUAUUAAACUGCAAACAUUUUAUCCUCCUAGUAAUAUCAAUGAAAUUUUACCGAAAAAUCAAUUUGUUUAUUUAAAUGUUGGACAUUUUAUAAUACCAAAGCCUUCAAAAAUUGAAUCAAAAUUUUAUUCAAAACAAUUUCAAUUUCAACCUCAACCAAAUAAUGAUCAUAAUAAACUACGAAGAAUUGAAAUUGUAAUGGAAGAAAUUGGAUUAUAUUUAAAAAGUGGAUUUCGUGUUUAUUUUAUUGACAUUAGUCAACCAUCAAUGUUAUUCAAUGAAUAUGAUUUAUUAUAUUAUUCAAUCAAUGAAACUGAUUAUCGAUAUUUCAUUAAUAUUUUAUUGAAAAAUCUAUAUAAAGCUUUGAAUUAUGUACAAAAUGCCGGAUGUUCAGAUGAUUUGAGUUUCCAAUACAAUCGAGAUAUUUAUGGAGAUGGAGAUCCAUUUAUUAUAAUUAAAAAAUAUGAUAAACAAUUUUUAUUGGAAUAUGACAAAACUAAUGGAAUGUUGUCUUCUUCAUCUUCAUCUUCUUCAUCUUCAUCAUUGGCUUUAAGUUCUUUACAAGAUUAUGUAUUAUAUGAUAAUAAAAAGUUGCUCAAUUAUGGCAGGUUUUUCUUUUUAAAUAAAUUUACAAUAAGGAAUUUUAAAUUCACUACUAUUUAUCAACAACGUCAAUUUAUUAAUAGAUUUGGUGAUUAUUUGAUUGAUUGGAAAGAACAAGAUAGUAAAAAAAAUACUAAUAAAGAUGAAAUGCCUAUUGAAAGAAAUUGUACGUACGAUAAGUAUGGAUUGAAAUGGAAACUUCCUAUAUUAGGUCAGUUAUAA